AUGGAGGUCAACAAAAUCGAGAAUACAGCAGAGCAUCUUGAUAUAGUCGAGGAUGAAAAGGAACGAGCGAAGCGCGAUAACGAUACCGGGUCAAUCAACUCCGCCGCCCUAGGCGAUGACCUACCACCUGGAUACUUUUACUCCGUCCGCUUCAUUGGAGCUAUGGCUGGUUUCUGUUUCUCGGCCCUCAGCGCGUACAUCUUCUUGAUCCUGCCGACCAAUGUCUUGACCUACAUCAACGCGGAAAUCGGUCCGAGCAAUUACAUUGCAUGGGUUAAUAUUUCUCGAACUCUCGCUCUGUCUUUCACGUAUACAAUCCUCGGCCGCCUUUCUGAUCUCUUUGGCCGCCGGUGGUUCUUCAUUGGCGGCAACGUGGUUGCCCUGAUUGGAAUCAUCAUCUGCGCCUGUGCCAACAAUGUGAAUACCCUCAUCGUCGGCAGCGCUAUCUACGGACUCGGUGAAACAGUCCAGCUCAGCUUCAACGUUGCAGUGGGAGAACUUGUACCGAACAAGUACAGACCUAUGGUCUUGUCGUUUGUCUUCCUCACGAACGCCCCCAUUGCUACAUUUGGACCUAUCAUCGCCCGGAAGUUUAUUGAGAAUCCCAAUCUCGGGUGGCGCUGGUGCUACUAUAUCAACAUCAUCGACGUCGGUCUGGCCAUCAUCUUUCUGUUCUUCUUCUACCACCCGCCGACGUUCGAGCUGCUCCAUGAGCGCAAGACCAAGCGUCAGAUGCUCAAGGAGCUCGACUAUCUUGGCAUCUUCCUCUGGACUGCUGGUCUCACCCUUUUCCUCAUGGGUGUCUCGUGGGGAGGCAAAAUGUACCCGUGGAAGUCUGCAGCAACGAUUUCGUCUCUUGUUAUCGGUGCCCUGCUCUUGAUUGCUCUAUUCAUUUGGGAGGCGUUUGCCAACCUCAAAUACCCAGCCAUUCCAGUAAAGUUCUUUGCCAACCGUGGUUUCAUGGCUUUGGUCUGUUGCGCCACCGUCGCCAGCAUGUUCUACUAUAGCGCUGUACUUCUAUGGCCACAGCAAGUCCAGGCUCUCUUUACAAAGGAUGUCACCUACGCCGGGUGGUUGUCCUGCACGGUGGCCUCUUCGACGGCGCUGGGGCAGAUCUGUGCCGGUUUAAUCGUUCGUUGGGGUGGAAAUGUUCGAUACUGGCUGAUCUUUUCGACCUUUGCCAUGGUUGGUUUCGUCGCCGCACUGGCCUCACUCACCCCAUCCGAUAAGAACACUGGUAUUGCCCUCACUAUCCUUGGACCAUUCUUCGUUGGCUUCAUCGAGUUGGCAUCUUUGGCCCUGGCUCCUCUUUUCUGCGCUGCCCAAGACAUUGGACUUGCCUCUGGUUUGCUUGCCUCCAUUCGCUCAGCAGGUGGCUCCAUCGCGGUGGCAGUCUAUACCUCGAUAUUGAGCAACCGACUCACGGACACCAUCCCCAACAAUGUCAUUCCAGCAGCCGAAAAGGCUGGACUCCCAGAGAGCCAGGCCUCGGAUCUUCUCACGGCUCUUACUGCAGGCGACUUGUCCAGCUUCUCGGAUGCAGUCCAAGCAGCAGUCGCGGGCGCGCUGCCCACUGCAUAUGCGCAAGCUUUCAAGACAGUAUACCUCGCGAGUUUGGGAUUUGGUGCUAUCGCCAUCAUCGGUUGCCUCUUCUCCAAGGAUGCCAAGAAGCACUUGACGGAUAAGGUAGAGAGACGGAUGCACGACGGGAAGGCGACCAAGAAGACGCACACUGCAGUUGAUGUCUAA